GUGCCAAUCGGCCUCAAUCCCCGCGCCACCUGUCGGAUCUCUUUUGACCUCGUGGCGUCCGGCACCCACCAUCCUUCCCCUAAUUCCAACCACGACGAAGAAGAACUCACCCUAUUCCUACCACAUAUUCCGCAACCCCAGGAACCGAAAAUAGAAGAAUCUCAAAGACUCCAUCAGACCCCAUUCUCCAUCUCCGUCUCCUCCUCCUCAUGAGAAGCAUAAGGCGUUAACCGGUUUCCCAUUCCUAUAAAACAGCACCUGCAACAUAUCCGCAUCUCUUGUACCCAUUUUCCUUUUGUUGUUUUCAGUUCCCCUUUCGUUUUGCUCCGUUGGCUCUGAGACAGCUUAAACCCCUACAGAGAGAUGGGGAAUCAAGGAUAAGAGGGAAGAGGGAGGAGGGGAGGCAAGGGACGCAUGGAAACAGGGGGAGGAGGGAUGGGGGGCCGGGCGCGGCAGCGGUGGAAGAGAUUGAAAGAGCGGCUGCGGUUCAAGGGCGUCGCCUGGUGCGGCAGCCCCAGGGCCCGUUCCCGCGCCGCCGACAUCCAUCACCGCUCCCCCUUCGACGCCUCCACCACCGCAUCCCAAGAAGACGCCGCGGUAGCGGGGCCGAGGUACCGGCGGGAGGCGGCGGCGGUGGCGAGGAACCGGAGGGAGAGCGAUCAGGAUUUCGGGUGCAUCCUGGACCAGGCGCCGGCGGGGGACGCGGCGGCGGCGGCGGCGGCGGCGGCGAUCGGGGAGGAGGAGGAGGAGGAGAUGAACCUGGCGAUGGCGCUGGCGGCGGAGCGGCAGCUGCGGGCGGCGGAGAGGGACGUGACGAUGACGCCGUUCACGGAGCGGUCGUCGCUGAUGAGGCUGAUGGACGAAGCCGGGGAGGAGGGGAGGAAGGAGGAAGAGGAAGUGGGGGAGUGGUGGGGGUGCUGCGUGUGUAUGGGGAGGCAGAAGGGGGCGGCGUUCAUCCCGUGCGGCCACACCUUCUGCCGGGUGUGCGCGCGGGAGCUCUGGAUCAGCCGGGGAUCCUGCCCGCUCUGCAACCAGUUGAUCCUCGAGACGCUCGACAUCUACUGAUGGUGAUGGAUCGUUCGUUGCUUCAUUUAAUUUUCUUUUGGCCUUUUUGGCUUCGUGAUUCCGUGCCGAUGCCGCUGCUGCCGCCCGCUUCCCCUGCUGUCUUGCAUCCAAUUCGAGGCUAUUUACGAUUCAUCGAACGGUGCGAGGUGUCCUUCUUUUGUUUUCUUGUAGAAAACUUCGGGAGCUCUGCUAUAUUUUGUAAUUCCAUGUUGAUAAGAAGGAUCUACAGAUCAUGUCACGUCAGUGAGAAUUGGACCUGGGGUUUAACUAAUAGUAGGAAUACUGAUAUGUGUUACGUUAAGGUCUCAGGAUUUCUUUCGUUCAUCGUGUAAAUACAUCUUUUAUAAACUUAUAUUUCGGCUUUUA